AUGUCGACGAGCGAAGAGCGCGACAGCAAGAAGGAGCGGCGGGGCGAGAAGGAGAAAGGAGAGCGGGGCGAGAAGGAGAAGUACGCGCCGCCGCACCGUCGGCGCAGCCGCAGCGCCAGCCGAGAGAAGAGCAAGAAGAAGAAGGAGCGCGGCCGCAGCCGCGAGCGCAAGAAGGAGAAGCGCGCACGCAAGGGCCGCAGCAGCAGCGGCAGCAGCCCGAGCCGGAGCCGCGAUAAGCGGCGCGGGCGGAAGGAGCGCGACGAGCGCAGCCGCAGCCGCGACCGCAGUCGCGACCGCAGCCGCCGCAAGGAGCGCGGAGACGGCGAAGAGCGCGGCGACAAGCGGCCGGUCGGCGACAUCCUCGACGCCGUCAAGGCGGGCGCGGGCCAGCGGAGCCCGAGGGAGGACAGGGCGGCGCGGCCCGAGGCACCGCCCGAGCCAGAGGGCACGUCGCCCGCGCCCGCCUCGUCGGACCCGGCGGCUGACCGGGCGGCGGAGAAGGCGCGGAAGCGGGCCGCCCGCUGGGACCAAAAGGGGGAGGGGGCGGGCGGGUCGAGCGCAGUGCUCAGCCCCGAGGCGACGCUGACGCCGCUGCAGAAGACGGCGCUGGUGCAGGCGCUGGCUCGCGACGUGAUCGGAUCGCGCCUCUACAACGCGUAG